CGGUUAACUAAUUUACCGCUUCAUUUUUUUCUCUGUAAUCAUCGUUAUAUCCUCUCUCUCUCCUUAAUUUUCCUUUCUCAGCCCUAAAUCUCUUUCCAUUUGCUUCCAUCGUUACUACUGCCAGAGAUCUGUACUAGUUAUUAAUGGUAGUAGUUAUUGGCUGAAGUGUGAACAAAGGAGGAUGUUGAAGCUGCUUCUAACUUUAUCUUUAGUUGUUGUUUGCUUUUUCCCUAAUUAUUCUUUCAGAUCGUCCGCUCAAUUUCUCCCUCUCCCCGAUAAUGAAGUUGAAGCUCUGGAAGCAAUAUCUACAAAGCUGCAGAUUAAACAUUUGAACAUUAGUCGCGACUUAUGCAUUACGGGUGCUUUUGUAAAUCAGACUUUGGGCGAUGUCAUUAUUGUUAAUAUUACAUGCAACAGUAACAAUUGCAAUGGGUCCAUUUGUCACGUCACUAACAUACAGUUCAAGGGUCAAAAUUUAACAGGACAAUUACCCACAGAGUUUGCAAAUCUGACUCAUUUGCAAGAGAUAGAUCUUUCUCGUAACUAUAUUAAUGGUUCUAUCCCCUCAGAGUUUGGGAAGCUUUCUUUUCUCAGGACUAUAUCUUUGUUGGGUAACCGCUUAAGUGGUUCAAUUCCUAAGGAAAUUGGUGAUAUUGCUACACUUGAGAGCCUGGUCUUGGAGGAUAAUCAACUUGUAGGUCCUCUGCCUGAAAACCUCGGAAGUUUGAGUCAAUUAUCGAGGCUCCUUCUUUCGGCCAACAAUUUCUCAGGGACAAUACCAGAAACUUUUAGCAAUCUCAGGAAUUUGACAGAUUUUAGGAUAGAUGGAGGCAGCCUAUCUGGGAAGAUACCGGAUCUGAUUGGAAACUGGAAAAUGAUUAAAAGACUGGACAUGCAAGGAACAGGAAUGAGCGGUCCAUUUCCUUCUACCUUCACUAAUUUGACAAAUUUAGAAGAUCUGAUGAUAUCAGAUUUGACUGGACCUAGCAUAUCAUUCCCUGCUCUGGAAACCAUGAAGAAGCUGGAAAUAUUGAUCCUGAGAAACUGUAGAAUCACUGGUCCACUUCCUCCGUAUAUUGGUGAAUUAACUACACUUAAGACCUUAGACCUGAGCUUUAACAAGUUGACUGGUCCUAUUCCAAAUACAUAUCAGAAUCUAGAUUUUGAUUACAUGUUUCUAGCCAACAAUUCCUUGACUGGAAACGUACCGGAUUGGAUAUUCAACAGCAAAAACAGAAUUGAUAUUUCUUAUAACAACUUUACGGGAGGGUCAUCUCAAACAGGUUGUCAGUCAUCAAGCGUGAAUAUAGUUUCCAGCCAUUCUGGAGCACCAAGCAACUCAAUUGCUUGGUGCAUGGGGAAGGAUCUCACUUGCCCCCAAAAAACUAAAUAUCAUUCAUUGUUUAUUAAUUGUGGAGGGAAUCGGAUAACUUACGAGGGAAACAGCUAUGAAGAAGAUUUAUCACCAGAGGGACCUUCUUAUUUUUACUAUUUACAAAAUUGGGCUUAUACCAGCUUAGGGACAUUCAUGGGCAGGAGCAAAGAUGGACGAUAUAAAGGAGACAAUUCAUUUGCCUUAAAUAUAACUGAUGGAGACAUCUAUCAAACUGCUCGCCUUGCCCCAACUUCGCUCAGAUAUUACGGACUCUGUUUGCGACAAGGCAGUUACAGGGUCCGACUGCACUUUGCUGAAAUUAUGUACUCUAAUAACGAAACAUUUAGCAGCCUUGGUGAACGCGUCUUUGAUGUUUCAGUCCAAGGAAAUUUGGUUUUUAAGGAUUUCAACAUUGCCAAGUUAGCAGGAGGAGUUGGGAAGGCCCAUGUUCUGGAAUUUAAUAACACCCUUGUAAAUGACAGCACUCUUGAUAUCCACUUGUACUGGUCAGGGAAAGGGACUACAGCAAUACCAGAUAGAGGGGUUUAUGGUCCUCUUAUAUCGGCCAUCACAGUAACACCUAACUUUAAGGUUGACACUGGAGGACUACAAGCCGGUGCCAUUGCUGGUAUUGUGAUUGGUUCUGUUGCUCUCCUCCUUGUGUUGAUAUUGGCUGUUCUAUGGGCAAUGGGCUGUUUCAAAGGGAAACAACUCGAUGAAAAAGAACUUCAGCUGCAAGACCUUCAGACUGGUUAUUUCAGUCUGAGACAAAUCAAACGUGCGACUGGUAAUUUUGAUCCCUCAAACAAAAUUGGUGAAGGUGGAUUUGGUCCAGUUUAUAAAGGUGUGCUAUCGGAUGGAGGUUUAAUUGCUGUAAAGCAGUUGUCUUCCAAGUCAAAGCAAGGAAAUCGUGAAUUUGUUAAUGAGAUAGGAAUGAUAUCUGCCUUGCAGCAUCCGAAUCUUGUUAGGCUUUUUGGAUGCUGUAUUGAAGGAAACCAAUUAUUGCUCGUAUAUGAAUACUUGGAAAACAACAGUCUUGCCAGAUGGCUUUUCGGCCGUCAAGAGAAUAAGCCGAACUUGGACUGGGAAACAAGAAAAAAGAUAUGCUUAGGCAUAGCAAAGGGCUUGGCAUAUCUUCAUGAGGAGUCAAGGCUAAAGAUUGUUCAUAGAGAUAUUAAAGCUACUAAUGUAUUGCUCGAUAAGGAUCUAAAUGCAAAGAUAUCGGACUUCGGUUUGGCCAAGCUUGACGAGGAGGAGAACACUCACAUUAGCACCCGAAUUGCAGGAACAAUAGGAUAUAUGGCUCCAGAAUAUGCGAUGAGGGGUUAUUUAACCGAAAAGGCAGAUGUUUACAGCUUUGGUGUGGUUGCGCUAGAGAUUGUCAGUGGGAAAAGCAACACCAAUUACAGACCAAAGGAGGAGUUUGUCUACCUUCUUGAUUGGGCUUUUGUCCUACAAGAGCAAGGAAACCUUUUGGACCUUGUGGAUCCAAGUCUUGGUCCAAACUAUCCAAAGAAAGAAGUCAUGGUGAUGCUGAACAUUGCUCUUCUUUGCUCCAACUUCUCUCCCACGCUAAGGCCAACGAUGACUUCAGUUGUGAAGAUGCUUAAAGGAGAAAGCCCCAUUCAGGCCCCACAAAUCCGACGUAGAACACCCGAGGAGGACAGAAUGUUCCAGACAUUUGAGAGGCUUUCACAUGAUAGCCAAACUCAUGCCACAUCAUGGGCGGCUCAAACAAGUCAAGUUAGAGGGACAACGUCCACUAAUGGCCCAUGGACGGAUUCAGCAGUGUCCAACCAGAGCGAGAACUUGAUUGAACUCGAUUCUUCCUCAGAGAAGUUUAUCUGAUUUAUGACAAGGUGGGUUACAUGAUACAUUUUUAUCUGUUUCUUUUUGUCUUUUUGAAAAACCAGUGUUUGUUCCCUUAAGGAAGCUGUUCCACUUUAAUCUGUCUUAUAGAGAUUUUGUUGUUGUCACAUAAAAUGAAUGAGUAUUUCUGAUUUAUUCUGCAAGAGCUUUCA